AUGCGACCCUUUCAAAGGUCGAGUCUCGGCCUUUUGGCCCUAAUUUUGUGUACAACAAUACGUAAGUCAAUGCCAAUUUUUACGUUUUCUACCUUCGAAUGGUCUCAAAGUUGUUGAAAAACUGACCUUCAAACACCUUCUAAAGCAGUUCUAAGGUCAUUUUCAGAUUUUUACUUUAUAAAAAUUACUUUUACUUCACCGAAAAGUAGCAAAACCCAUUUCGCCUUGAGGCUAGAUACAUUAUCAAUCAAUUGAAGCCAUUUUUUGCAAAUUCCAGUUUUGCCGUAAGGCUUUCCCUGCAUGAAAAGUAGUUUACACUGAAGAUUGUAACCGGAAAUAGGCAAAAAAGUAACGUUGAACGGUACAAAAAUCGAUUUGAAGUCAUAAAAUACAGACUCGUAUUUUAGGUAUUGAAAUUUAAUACCUGCUAAUAAGUAUUUUGCUCUAAAAUCAUCACUUAUAUUAUACUAGCCAAGUUUCUUUCAAAAUUAAAAUUUUUGAGCAAUUCUCUCAAAUAAAUGAAACUUGCAUAUCGGGCAGUUUGUGGCCUCUUGAAAGUCAUCAGGAUGGCUUGCAGCUCAAGUUCACUUCAAAAGUCGAUUGGUUAUUGCAGAAUUUCGUUCGUCUUCUUAACCUUGAACUCGAUGAAACGAAAACUUUUUUAUUCCUUCACAUGCCUUACGCCCAAUUUCGUGGAGGCUGGUGCUAAUCACGUUAAAUACCGUGAUUUCUAAUUUAUCGGAAUUUGGAAGUUUAUAAGUUCCUAAUUAAGAUAAAUUAAGCUUCCGAAUAUAACCAUCACCUUCAAAUUUUGAUGGAUAAGACAACGUAAAUUUUAGAUUAAAUUUGAAAAGUAAAAAUCAGAAACAUCGGAACAUAUGUAUUUUAUAAAGGUUUUAUCGAAGAUACAAUGUCCAUAUUUUAGCCCUAGCCCUCUCACAACUCCGACCUCCUCGAACCCAGAGUUUUAAAUGUCUCUCGAAUGGAUGCUGUGAUCAACAUGAAUGGUGUCGAUUCUGGGCAUCAAUUGGGGAAUGUAGGACAAAUGCUGAAUGGAUGGCAUCCAACUGUCAAUUGGCGUGUAACACUUGCCCUGUGCCGUUGCGUAAGUUUGGAUUUACUGGUUUUGGAAAGAGAAUUUUUGGAUAGCCCACCGAUUAUGCCUUAAAAGGGAGUGUAAAAUUUAAGGUCUGUAGGACAAAAAAAAUUGUCCGAAUAGACAAGAUAUUGUGGAAAAAAAUUGUGAUUUUUGGCCGUCGCUUUCUCCCAAUCUCACUCGCAUUGCACCCCCAAUCUUUACGAAAUUUUAUGAGGACCUUUGACCUUUGACGUCAUUCCAUAAAAUGAAUUUCUGAUCUUUCACUUCAAAAAUCGUCGUUACAAUCAAACGACAUCCCGGUAUUCGUUUACAUUACUUUACAAUCCUCGGAACGCUGCGAUUCAGUCUUUAAGCGGGGCCAGGAACAGACAUUCGAUUGCGCAAUAUUACGAUCAAACUGAGGCCAUACCGUUGUAAACCCCUCAGGGCUGGUGAUUGAUAAGAAGUUUGGUGGGGCGAAAAUAGCAGAUGCAAACAAACAUAAAUAAAGGAGCUUACACUUUUUGUGGCGGAGAGAUGGGACAGCUGUAGGGUGACAGAAUAAACAGAUGAAAGAAGAGUUGAUUCGAUCAGACAAUGCCCGGGAAAUCAGCGGAAUCAUCGGUGGUGCCUUCUUUUGUCUGGCUGAAAUUACUAGAGAAGAGAUUUUGGAAGUACACUGAUAUUAAAUCAGAUACAAAAAACUGUUAGACGGUUUUAAAAAUAGUCAGCAUGUGAGGAGGAACCGACAAGCCGAAGAAUUUGAAAUAUGAAAAUUUUAUCCUGGAACUGAGACCACAUAAUUUUAAGCUAGCAAUUUACAGAGCAAACGGACAUUUCGGGUUAUGAAGAUUUGACAAGGAAAGUACUUUUAUGGGGGCUCCUACUUUUUGACGGGACAUAUCUCAAAAAAUCAGAAAAAAUGCGCUGAUCAAGGAUAUAUAAAUCUUAGCUGCCCAUUUUAGGUUUUUAAGGGUGAAAAUGCCCAAAAACUGGUUUAAUUUCCCUACAAAAGGCAGACAUUCGAAACGAUAAAAAGGGCACUCGAUCUCUUCCUUCGGAAGAGAGCGGUGUGGCCGAGUGGUUAGUGCCGCAGUCUGGGAAUCAAGAGGGGGGGACGCCGCAUGGGUUCGAUUUCCCUUUUGGGCUGAAUCAACUUUUUUGAAGUUGAAGGUCGGAAAAAUAAAUUUUUGGGCCAAGACUGUCUUAUUACGCCUUAGAAACUCAAUAAACACCAUUUUAAGCCAAAAUAAAAAUUGUAAACCUUUGAAAAAAUUAAGCGAAAAGGGGUUCAUAUAGGACUUUAAGUCAACUUCCGACUGAGUUUUCACCCCUAAAAACCUAAAAUGGGCAGCUAAGAUCUAUAUAUUCUUGAUCAGCACAUUUUUUCUGAUUUUUUGAGAUAUGUCCCGUCAAAAAGUAGGAGCCCCCAUAAAAGUACUUUCCUUGUGAGAUCUGUUCUAAAAAGUCGGUUGCCCAAUCUUUUCGAAAAAUUUUUUAAAAAAUCUUGGUGACCUUCAGUGCAAUUUUAAAUUUUUGACAUAUUUGAGUUAUCGAGCUGACGUCUUCACAAUUCGAACACCAAAUUUCAUCACUAUCUGAGCCUCCUUCAAUGAGAAUUUCCUUUGCAAAGCCAGCAUCUAAAUUGCUCUCCACGUUUUUCAAACCCAAUUUUCAGCAUCACAAACCUCGCCAACAGCGGCUACAUCGGCCUCAUUCCCUUCAUCCUCCUCAUCCUCAUCUUCUACGUCAACUUCCACCUCAACUUUAUCUUCAUCCACUUCCACCUCAACCCGAACGACGACGAGGAAUCAAGAGUCUUCAACGGGAGUCUCCCAUUCGACCGGGCAAACCUCACAGCCAUUUACUUCUUUCACCGAUGAGACCGACAGUACUAGCCAGUUCCAAUCUUCCACAGCAAAUGGAGUUAGUCAUGCUUCCAGUUGUGACCAGAUUGCUAAUAACAGAUCGAAUGCGGCGGCUCAAAUGAUCGCCUCAGGCUUGGUGAAUGCCAUUGAGGACACGAGUGGAAGACAGUUGUUGUCAUUGGAAGAUAUUACAAGAAGUGUUUCGACGGGAUGUGUGCCGCAGGUAAGGGAAGUUCAGAAUCGGGAGAAAUUACAAAAAAUGGGCAAUCUGAGGAUGACAUUUCUGAAUACUUACAAUUUUUUUGGAUUGAAAAUAAGCUUUGAGAGUAGCGCAAAGUUUAUUAAACUCUAUUUUCAGUUGAACGGCGCCGAAUGCACAGCCAAUCUUUGUUACCAUUUGAUGUACCGUAGUAUGGAUGGUACUUGUAACAAUCUGAGAAACUCUCUUCAUGGAGCUUCCUUCCGACCGUAUCUGCGUUUAAUGCCCGCGGAAUACGAUGAUGGAAUUGGAGAGCCUGUUUGUAAGCCAAAUUCCUUUUAUCCAGCCUGUCUCAUUUAUGAUGGGCACUACAUAUUUGGCAACUAAUUUCAGCUUCAAUCCGUCAAACCCGUCCCUCGGUCCGAGAUGCCUCAAGAAUUUUACUUUCAAGUUCUCAAGUCGUAACUCACGAAUCUUUCAACUCAUUGUUAAUGCAAUGGGGUCAAUUUAUGUCUCACGACAUGGCCAGAACAACUCUGCAGCCUUCGGCAAAUUGCCCAACUUGUGAGCCGAUCCCAAGCAAAUGUAUUCCGGUGAAGAUCUCGGACAAGGACACCAAUUUCUCGUAAGUUAGGCCUACUUUUACGACAAUUUUAUCCCAUUUUAGAUUCAAGGAAAAGAAAUGUCUCAAGAUCUCGCGAUCUGCUCCAAUUUGUGGAACCGGGCAGACAGCGCCUCGCCAACAACUCAAUGAGAACACCGCUUAUGUUGACGGAUCUCAAAUCUAUGGGUCCUCAAUUAAAGACCUUCCCAAAUUCCGUGAUGGCCGCACUGGUUUCUUGAAGCUCUCUCACUUCAACAAUAUGAAUGUCCUGCCGUUCGAUGAGUCCAAAUGUUCUAGUGCAACUCAAUGUACUGCGUCGUUUGUUGCUGGAGAUAUCAGAGCCAAUCUCUUCCUGGGAUUGUCCUCUUUCCACAUCAUCUUUGCCAGAGAACAUAACAGGUGAGUCUUGCGAGAAUUUGUGGCGUUUUAAGCAAAGAUAUGGUCAAACUAUGAGAUUGUUUUAUGAUUCCAGAAUCGCACGUGCCUUCCAACAAAUGAAUCCCUCCUGGAGUGGAGAUCGUAUCUUCCAAGAAGCCCGUAAACUUGUCGGAGCCGAGAUUCAGCACAUUUUAUACCGUGAAUUCCUCCCUAAAAUCCUCGGCUCUUCCAUGGACAAACUCCUCGGCCCAUACAAGGGAUAUGACCCAUCCGUUGACUCUACGAUCUCCAAUGUUUUCACAACCUCGGCCUAUCGUUUCGGUCACGGUAUGAUCAUGGAGAGAUACCCUCGUCUGGACCAAGGAGGCCAGCCAAUUCCCCACGGUCCAUUUGACUUCGGCGACGGCGUCUUCAAAUCAAACAAGAUCCUGUUCGAGGGUGGUGUGGAUCCGGUGAUCCGAGGGCUGUGGUCAACGCAAGUCAAACGACCUCAUCGAAUGACACCCGCCAUCACGGAGAGCAUGUUCGGAAGGUAAACAAAUUGUUUUUAUUUUGUUUGCUUUAGGGGAUGUUGGAGAUUAAAAAUCGAAAACUAAAAUUGCCAUCCAGUCUAAAAAAUUUUGGAAAUUGCUGACUAAUGCAUAAAAAUAAAUAAUUCAUCGAUUUCAGUACCGAUCUCGGCUCAGUCAACAUCAUGAGAGGCCGCGAACAUGGUAUUGCCUCCUACAAUAAAUGGAGAAAAUUCUGCGGAAUGCCUCAGGCAGGGUCUUUCGACGAACUCAAGGAUCAGAUCCUGGAUCCCAGCAUUCGAUCAGCGUUGUCUCAGAACUUCAAAUCACCAGGUAAUCUUAUCCUUUCAGGCCAAUAAUUUAAUUCAGAUGACCUUGAUUUAUAUGUCGGAGCAAUGGUUGAGGAUCCCGUUGUUGGUGGACUGGUUGGGUCCACUUUGGCCUGUAUUCUUGGAGAUCAAUUCCGGAGGACGAGAGAUGGAGAUAGGUGAGAAUUUCGGAUAAUAAAUAGAGAUUAUGACUUUAAAAAUAUUCUUUAUGACAUUUACCCUAUUUUUUUGCAGAUUCUACUUUGAGAACCCUGGAGUUUUCACUCCAGCCCAGCUGGCCGAAGUCCGUAAGACUCGUCUCUCGAAGAUCUUCUGUGAGAACGGGGACAACAUAAACGAAGUUCCCGGAGAUGCCUUCGUGACUCCCAAAAAUGGCCUGGUUCCUUGCAGUCAGCUGCCCAGCAUUGACUUGUCCAAAUGGAAGGAGUGA